UUGAUAAGAGAUUAAAAUUCAAUUAAUAAAACACUCUGAUGCUAGCAACGCUAUCGCAAAGAGUCAUAUACUUGACUCAAUCCGGCAACAGAGGUCGAAAGUCAAUGUAGGAAAUCAUGAUUGUUCAAUCGAUCGUUUCUAUCUAUAGGCUAUUCUACCCCGGUCGCCAGCCAAUCACAUCAUCUACAGGUGUUUCUAGAAUUAGCAGACAAAACAUAUAAUACCAUAAACAAUAAUAAUAUCUCUUUGUCAUUCAAUGUGAACCGCCAUAUGGACGUUUGGGACGUCAACUCAAGCGAAAGCGGUAUUCAGGCAAAGUCUACUUAAAUCGGACUGGAUAUGAUGGUAGUAUACUCUUGAUAUUAUGCUUUGCCUAACGAUUCGGAAGAAUUGGUCGAUGAUUCGAACACUGUUACGCAGGUUUUACUAUCAAUAGGCCGCCCUAAUAUAUCACCUGUUGCAUUUUAUUUCAAGUAUCCGUGCAGUUUAUGGAAUAUUGUGUUGUAGACCAAUUUUUUUUAAAUGGCUAUAUCCAGACCUAGCACCUGCAUAAAGAUCACCGGCUUCCUCGUCGCUCUUUUACUGUCUCGGACGUUGGUGACAAUUAUUAUAUCAUUUAUUCCACAAUGGUUCCCGAUGAAAUCUUGUAUUGAUGAUGACGAGAACACAACAUGUACUGACUCUAAUAUUCAACAAGCCAAAGAAGAAUUAUCCAUUAGUAUUUUGUACGCAACUUCGCAGAUUACUACACUUCUAGUUAGCCCAUUGAUCGGUAUAUUAGUUGAUGCUGUCGGUUUUGACGAGCCAAUAUUGGUCGGAAUUCUAUGCCUUUUUUCUACCUCGAUACUGUUUGCAUUCGCUAAUGAUUUAUACUUCUUCAUCCUGGCUAGGAUCCUACAUGGAAUAGGGGCUUCGUUGAUAUUCAUCGCCGGAACAGGCUUGGUGUCCUGUUCAAACUAUUCACCACAAAUUAUCAAUAAUAUCUAUUCAUUGGAGUGGUUGAUAUAUGGAUUUGACGUGUUUGGACCAGUAUAUGGCGGCUUCGCUGUUUCUCUCUUUGGCCAACAAGGAACGUUUUUCAUCUUAGCGUUCAUUCUGAUCGGAAAUAUGUGUUUAUUUAUCAGCGGAAUGAUGGUAUCUGACUCUGACACCCCUGACGAAGGGCUAACUGAAAAGAAACCAGAGACACUUCAGGACACAUGCAGGUCCACGACACACACCCAGCAAGGUUUUAUGAAUUUAUUAAAGAAUCCACACAUUGUGUCCUCGGCCAUACUCAUUUCCGUAGCCGUAAUGCCGAAAGCGUUUCUUGAUCCCGUUCUUCCGGUUUGGAUGACACGGGAUUUCGACGCAGUCAGUUGGGAAAUAGCGAUGGUGUACCUUCCGCAAUGGAUAUGCUUUGAAUUAGCGAUAUUAUUCAGUACUUUUAUUAUACAUAAAAUGAUAAAUAAAACAUGGUUACUAAUUUUCAUUAAUCUACAAUCAAUCGCCUUCUCCUCGCUGUCGCUGUAUAUGGUGUCGGCAGAAUGGGCGAUCGCCGUUCCGACAUCAUGUUUAAGUUUCACAUCGACUAUAGUGCGUUUUCUUAUAUUCUCGAUCAUGGCGUUUCUGUCCCGUCAACUUUUUCCGUUAGACGUCGGCCGCAUUUUUGCUAUUUACGAUUUCUUUACGAUACUCCCGUUCGCUGUCGGACCGCUACUCUCACUCCCGGUCUAUGAAUACGCUGGAAUGUUUUGGCUUGGUUUUACUAUGUGUGUCAUAAGUAUAUGCGCGUCGCCAUUAUCAUUCGUUUUUCGGGGCGUAUUUGAUGUUCAGGCAGAAGAUGAAAAAGAACGGCUGUCAAUUAAUCAAGCACAAGAACCAAAAUAUACCACAACACCUGUUCACCAGCAAGAAAGUUUAAAGCAAAAUAGUUUUAAAAGAAAAUCGUCAAAAUCAAACUAAUCCCGUUAAGCCUUUUUAAUGGACCUUACCACAAGCGCCACCCAUUGGAUAUUGUUGCUAUGGUCACACAAAACGACAGCGUAAGCGUGCAUAAACACGUGCGUUUUUGGAACAGCACUAAUGUGUCUGUGGGACAUGCGCAUUUCCUGUCCCUGUUCUGAUUGGUCAGUUGUCAAGUUGGCACUCCGGAAAGGCCAAUUUUUACAAAUUAUUGCACAUAAAAAUAAGUCUGUCUUAUAAUGUUGUCUCAUGUCAUCUCACUAGCAAUAUUUAGCAGCCAAUCUUGGCCGUGCCUUGGAACACUUUUGAAAAAAAUGUUAUAUCCGUUUGUCCUGAAAGAAAAAUUGCUUUUAUAUAAUUGCGGCCUUAUAUUGAAAUUAAUUAUUCGUACAUAUUUAUUAUUACUUUAUGGACAAUUGCAAACAAUAAGCCUAUCUGUCAUAGCAUUGUAUAUGUUUUUUUGUUUUUUUUUUUGUUUGUUUUUUUAUGAAUUCGUUGCUGCAAUUGCAAUAUGGAAGACACAAGUUCAUCAUCUUAGAAAACACAAUACGGUACCGGUACGUCACAACAUUCGCGAUCGUUGUAAAAAAAAAGCCGGUUUUACACUAAGCGAAUUUAAUCGCCCGAAUCGAAAGCGUCGGUUCAUGUGUACACGCAUUCACAUUUCUGUCGGAGUUUUUCGCUUCAGCGAAAUCAGUAGUUCGAAUUGUUUCUACUUUUUGCGAAGCGAAAAAAUACGCAACCAAUCAGAGCUCAGGAAGUGAACCGACACUUUCGAUUCGCGCGAAUAAAUUCGCCUAGUGUAAAACCGGCUAGCAUGUUGUAGUUAAAUAAUGCUAACCUAACGUUUGCAACGAUUUAGUCCGAAAUUACUUAUGGUUCUACAAACAAAUGUUUUGAAUAUUAUGCAACGCUAUUAUAAAACUGUUAUCCGAGACGUUAUGAUAUAGGGCCUAUCUACAGGUUUGAUUUGGCAUAUCGGGUAUAAAAAUGAAUUUGUUUACAUAUAUUAUUUAUAGGAGUGCAAUAA